CUCUCUCUCUCCACCCCCCAGAUAUUCCCGAGUUUGCACCUAGUUAGUUAUCUUCUUCACCUCCUUCUAAUUAUUUUCCCUUCUUCUCAUAACAGAUACUCUCCUAGGUUUGCUAGUCUUUACCUUAUACAAAAAAGUCUCAGGUCGCUGCGAGGAGUAGCACCGAGCAUCGUCUUCAAUUUUCUAUCAAUUGACUACAGAUAUCGGUCUAAGAUUUCUUCAGUCUGGUGAUAUCAUCAAAACGACUACCACCACUCUCGCGAGUGGGGCUGGGGAGAAGAAGAAGAAAUAUGAGCUUUGCCUCGUGUUCAUGGCCGAUAUGGCGGACUGAUGACUUCACCACCUGUUUUCAAUCCGAUUAUCUGCAGAUCCUUUUCCCGCUUGCUUUAAUAUCUCUAUCGCUACUUCAUCUUCUCCUUCAGACUAUCUACCGGAAUGUUAGGUUAAAACGCACCGACGGCUACGAUCAAAUACCCGAUCAUCGAGAUCACACAGAAGUACCGCCGGAAGAGGAGGAUUGCAUAAGCACCGACGACGAUGAAGGAUUAUCUAUCAAUCCGAGCGGCGGCGGCCGCCUUGCGCUUAUCAAAACCACUUCUAAGGGCUCCAUCGUCCAGGCCGACACCCCACCUGCUCAGGACUUAUUAGUUGUGGUUGAGGAGGUUGCGAUAUGCGGAUUAAUAGCUGUUAACGUUGUUGCCCUUGUCACCGAUACUUACAAUGGACACGGACAACUUGCAGCGAUUGUCGGCUUGGUUUCUUGGAUCUACGUCCUUAUCCUCGCAACGCUUCGACUGUUUCUGGGAAACACCAAAUGGCGAAUCCCGCGACUUUGGAAUCAUACCGCUUCUAUAUAUGGCUUCCAGUGGCUUUUUACUCUUAUCGUGUUUCGAUCCGUCCUCGUCCAUGCCAGCUCUAGACUUGCGCAAAUCCUGAUCAUUGUCGAAUUUUGUCUAACGACACUCCUGUUUGGGAUAGCUCUAAACACUAGAAAGGGCAAUAAGACUGUUGUUAUGGAAUGGGAAGGGAAGAUUGAACCGUCGCGUGAACCUUUGGCUUCGGUUCUCUCCCUGCUAACUUUCUCCUGGAUCGACCCUAUGCUCUGGCAAGGUUACAAAGAACCCCUCGAGAUUAAGCAUGUGUGGAACCUCCUGCCGCGCGAUAAGGCAGCGACGGUGCUGGCAAAUUAUCGCCAGGUCAAGAAAACGACGUCUCUGGCCUUGCACCUGACUAAAUAUUUCAAAGGCCUGCUCGUUAUCCAGUGUGUCUGGGCUACCAUGGGUGGUCUUCUCACUUUUGCCCCGACACUUCUUCUCAAGGCUAUCCUUGAAUACGUAGAGAUGCCGGCUAAUGCCCCGAGGAAUGUGUUAUGGCUCUAUGUUAUCCUGCUUCCCCUUGCUGAUCUUGUUCGUUCUAUUGCUGAUGGCCAGGCCUUGUGGAUUGGCCGGAAGAUUUGCAUUCAAAUCCGUUCCAUUAUUAUUGGCGAAAUCUAUGCUAAAGCUUUGCGGCGCAAGGCAGCAAGUGGGCAAGACACCGUCCUUGGGAAUACAGACGCUGCGAAAGAGACGAAGCUCGAUAAACUGAAGAGAUUCUUUAGGUUAAAGAAGAAAACAGACAAGGCAGCUGGUGUCCAGAAUGGUAAUGCCGCCAAGGAGGACGCAUCCAAAGGUGCUGAUGAGCAAGCAAACUUGGGGACAAUUAUUAACCUGAUGUCGGUCGACAGUUUCAAAAUUUCCGAGUGCACUUCAUACUUGCAUUUUCUACUAGCGGCCGCUCCCUCGCAGCUAUUCGUAUCCAUUGCUCUACUUUACCAAGUGAUGGGUCUCAGUGCUAUCCCGGGUCUUAUCGUCAUGGUUUUCCUCUUGCCGAUUAAUAUCCUAUUAGCUAAAGGUUUUAAUUACACACAGCGUAAGAUCAUGGCUGCUACGGACAAACGCAUCCACACCACAAACGAGAUUCUUCAGAGCAUUCGGAUUAUCAAGUAUUUUGCCUGGGAGAAGCGUUUCAGUGAUAUUGUUGACGAGAAGAGGCGUACCGAGCUGAGCGCGCUGCGAAACCGUUAUAUGAUAUGGGCGCUCGCUGUUGCUAUUUGGAACACGGUGCCAGUUCUCAUUACGUUUUUCUCUUUCUUGGUCUACACCAAGGUAGAGCAUAAGCCUUUAUACCCAUCCGUCGCAUUCACCGCCAUUUCUCUCUUUAUGCUUUUGAGAGUACCCCUGGAUCAACUCGGAGACAUGAUUGCUCAUAUUCAAGAGGCGAAGGUUUCGGUUGAUCGAGUCGAAGAGUUCUUAAACGAGGAUGAAACCGAGAAGUAUGAGCAGUUAGGUUCUGACAACAAGGACGAAUAUGGCAACAAGGUCAUCGGUUUCAGGGACGCGACGUUUAUCUGGGGCGGUAAAGACGCGAUCGCCGCCGAUGGAUCAAUGGCCUUCCGCCUCAUCGAUUUGAGCGUGGAAUUCAUGAUUGGCAAACUCAACAUUAUCGCUGGCCCUACAGGAUCCGGAAAGACCUCAAUGCUGAUGGCCCUGCUUGGUGAAAUGACCAUGACCAAGGGCAAAGUUUACCUACCUGGCGGUCGUAGUCGUGAGGACGUCCGACCAGAUCCCGCUUCAGGUCUGACCGAAACUUGUGCCUAUGUUGCCCAGUCCGCAUGGUUAGUCAACGCAAACAUUCGAGACAACAUCUUGUUUUCCGCAACAUAUGAUGAGAAACGGUACAAAGAUGUCCUAGUAGCCUGUGCCUUAGAGCGAGAUCUCGAAAUUCUAGACAACGGCGAUGAGACCUUGGUUGGAGAAAAUGGUAUCACUCUAUCUGGUGGACAAAAGCAACGUAUAUCCCUAGCACGAGCCGUAUAUUCGAAUUCCCGACACGUCUUGAUGGAUGAUUGUUUGAGCGCCGUUGACUCGCAUACCGCUAAAUGGAUUUUCACCAAGUGUAUCAAAGGGGAGUUGAUGAAGAACCGCACCUGCAUUCUGAUUACGCAUAACACAACACUCUGCGCGCCUUUAUCUGAGUAUGUUGUCUUACUCGACAACGGAAAGGUAGAUGCACAGGGAACAGCAGAAGAAGUGAUCGCCUCCGGUAAACUGGGCGAAGAGAUUCGAACUAAAUCCCGACCUGGCUCAUCUGAUAUUUCGCGCGUUCCAUCUCGAGUACCAUCAAGCGUCGGCGACGAGAGUGACCAGACCCUUAUUGAUCAUAACGCGAAUGGCACGAACGGUACGACGAGCGCGAAUUCCAGUAAUAAGCAAGAGAAACCGCAGCGAACUCCCCCGCAAGAAACCAAAGCCACGGGUGCUGUUAAGUGGCCCGUCAUCAGCCUCUACCUUCGAGCUAUGGGCGCCUGGUGGUUUUGGGUCGUGGCUCUGGUUGUAUUUGGCGGUCAACAGCUCAGCACAGUCGCCUCGAAUCUUUGGAUUAAAGAAUGGGCCAACCAGUACACAUUGGGUCGCGAAAGCAUAUCUAUGUCCAGAACGGAGCUCAGCAUAUCCUCCCAGUUGGCCUAUAGCUCUUGGUUAUCUUCGGCUAAUUUUGCGUCGGUCACAAGCUCUAUCAAAAACAUGUCUUUUAUCAAACCCGCAGACUAUUCAGCUUCUGAUGUACCGGAAGUCAACGUAGACUAUUAUCUCACCGUUCUUGCGUUAAUAGGAUUUGCGGGUGCGGCGAUGGCUCUAACUCGUGAUCUCUGGCUAUUCUUUGGGUCUCUCACAGCAUCUUGGAAACUUCACAACAGACUUAUGUCUGCUGUGGCUAGGGCAAAGUUCAAGUUCUUUGAUGUUACCCCACUCGGACAGUUAAUGAACCGGUUCAGCAAAGAUCUCGAGGCCAUCGACCAGGAGGUUGCCCCUGUUGCCAUUGGUGUUAUGAGUUGUGCUAUGGGCAUACUAAUCACCGUGGUACUUAUUGCAGCUAUAACCCCUGGAUUUCUUGUCGCUGGCGUUUUCAUUACCGGUCUAUAUAUCCUGGUCGGCAUGUUCUAUCUUCGAGCGUCCAGAGAUCUCAAGCGACUCGAGUCAGUAAACAGGAGUCCCCUGUUCCAACAAUUUGGCGAGACGCUCUCUGGCGUUACCACUAUUCGUGCCUAUGGCGAUGAGCGACGGUUUAUCCGGGAGAACCUAACCAGGAUCAACACGCAGGCUCGUCCGUUCAUCUAUCUCUGGGCUGCUAAUAGGUGGCUCGCGUUUCGAACGGACCUUCUGGGUGAUUUUGUAGCAUUUUUCGCUGGUGUCUUUGUCAUUUUAAGCUUAGGAACGAUUGAUGCCGGUUCUGCGGGUGUAUCCCUGAGCUACGCUAUUGGAUUCUCCGAGAAUAUCCUAUGGCUGGUACGAUUAUACGCGAUGAACGAACAGAAUAUGAACUCUGUCGAACGUGUUAAAGAGUACCUCGAUGUAGAACAGGAAGCUGCCCCAAUUAACGAAAAGAACCGCCCUGCCCCGGAUUGGCCUGCACAUGGGGGUGUUGAAUUCAUUAAUUAUUCUACGAGAUACCGCAAGGAACUGGACCCCGUUUUGAAGAAUGUUAGUUUCAAGAUUGAACCGCGCGAAAAGGUUGGCAUCGUGGGACGAACUGGUGCUGGAAAGAGUUCUCUCACCUUAGCAAUUUUCCGUGCUCUAGAAGCAGAGGGUGGUAAAAUUUUGAUCGACGAUAUUGAUAUUGCUUCGAUUGGCCUACAAGAUCUUCGAGAAGCUAUUACUAUCGUUCCUCAGGAUCCGACUCUUUUCACCGGAACCAUCCGAACCAAUCUUGAUCCUUUUGACCUUUAUACUAACGAGGAAAUAUUUGCUGCUCUCAAGAAAGUUCAGCUUAUUGGCCCGAACGAAACACUCCCGUCAACUACCCGCUCCCUUUUAUCUUCGGCGGAGAACAGCGAGGUUCAGGACUCCCAGGAGCCGACUAGCCCCUCUUCACCCACCACGAACAAGAACAUUUUCCUUGAUCUGUCCUCCCCCGUUGCGGAGUCGGGCUCGAACCUCUCCCAGGGCCAGAGACAACUUCUCUGUCUAGCUCGUGCUAUGCUCAAGAACCCCAACGUAUUAGUGAUGGACGAGGCCACUGCAUCGAUCGAUUACGCUACGGACUCAAAGAUCCAGGAGACGAUUCGCGAUUUGAAGAGCACGAUCAUCACGAUCGCUCAUCGACUCGCUACGAUUGUUGAUUAUGAUAAAGUAUUGGUAUUGGACCACGGCACGGUUGUUGAAUAUGGCCACCCACAUGAACUUCUACAGAAUGAGAAUGGAAACUUCAGGAGCAUGUGCGAGAUGAGCGGGGACAUGGAUGUUCUAGCUAAGGCGGCUAAAAAAGCAUGGGAUGAUAAGAAGCUCGUGGAUGACGAGUAGGGAAUCAUCCGAGUACACUGAACUUGAAGUAACGAAUGGAUGGGAGGGAAUGGAUGUAUGAAGUGAGAAGUGAGACAUGCCUUGACGAUCAGGAUACACCGCACACACGGUGAAGCGCGUACAUCUUCCUAUGACACUCUAGGUGUGGUUGGCGUUGGCAGUAACCAAACUGUUCCGGGGCGAUUUGCCCUCUGAGAUGCACUUGUAUAUAUGGAUUAGAGGCGUUAAACUUGCCUGUUUAUAUGUAACGAAAUCGAUAUUGUUAUACGA